AAUAGAUGGCGCUGAGGUUUCGAUUAUAUGUGUGGUUAAAUAUGAAAAUAAGAAGUUUUAUAUUUUCAUUUUUUGAUAAAGUUAUUAUUUUACUAAAAACACGUGUUCCGAAAUGUUCAUAUUAUAAGUUAUCACCGUGUGAUUAGGAUUUAAAAUUAAAGUUGAGUAGAAAUCAUACUAGAUGUCGCUGCCAACUGCUCCAAUUUAUUUCUUGACAAUCAAAUGUCAUUAGACCAUCUCGCUCAUCUUCCUUCACGCAUCCCGCUCGCACAAACUAAAACAAUUAAAUUCAUAAUCACAAAAAUUACAUAUGUGCAUUCAACUCAAGUGUUGUUCUGUGAGUAAAUAUCAACAAGGCUCAAAAAUGGUGUAAAUUAGCGUAUGCGUUAUGGAUCUUUCGAUCUUUUAGCGCUCGAAGUGCUAAACAAUAAGUCAUCAUAACAAGGUAACGAAGAUGUUCUCGUAAAACAAAAGGCGUCCUUCACACAUUAGUGAGGUUCAUUUGUUUGAAUUAGUUAUCUGAACACGCCCCCGACCCGAUAAAGAGGUGAUUACUGAUAUCAUGUAAGUACAGCACUCGGUUCCCCGCUCACGAAUAACACAGGUGGUGGUCGCUUAUAAUACCUAACUUUCCGGACAGGGACUAACUAAGCUUACUAAUUUAAGCUCAACAUGGCUAAUACCAAGAUUGGACGUAAAAAGAAUAAAGAUGAUAAAUCAACAGGUAAGCGAAUGAAGAAGACGAUGAGACUUGAAGAGGUUGAGGAAUUGAAGUUUUUAUCCAAUGAAGAAAGAAUACAAUAUCUUGUUAAAAAUGGUCACUUAAUUAAAGACGAAAUUUUUAAUGAUGUGGCGUUAAAGAAAAACAAUUUGAAAAAGGAAUCAUUGGUCAGAAAACCUCGAGCUAAAAAUGACAAACUCAUAUCAAAAACUGGAAAACUCAGAAAUAGAAAUAAGAAUAUGAAGUACAUGGAUUCUAUUUUAAUGAGUGAACUGCUUAUUAAACAAGCUCCUAGAGCUAAGAAAAAAAACAAUGGAGAUAACAAUAAUGAUAAUGAGUUAAGUGACCAAAAUAACAGUGACAGCUCAAAAAGUAAACCAAAAAAAAAUUAUAGGAAUAUUGAAACUACACAAAAUAAUAGUAACAUAAUUCAAGUUACUAUUGGCACAGACGAGGCUAUUGAUUUAACGGAGACAGCGCAAAUAAAUGUCAAAAAUGAAGCAAAGAUAGUUAAGCAAAAGCAGAGAAAUAUGGUUGAAAUUAGUAUCGAUACAAAUAAUCCUGUUACUUCACAAGGCCAAAAUGAAAAGAAAGCUAACGGGAAAAGAAACAAUUCUAUCCUCGCAGAAAGACUGGAACAAAUGAAGACAGUUAAACUUAGCAAUGGAGUUUCAUUUUCUAUGGAAUAUUAUCAGUGUGACCAUUGCCAAACAAAGUUCAACACAAAAUCUUCUCUGCAGAGACAUAUGUUGAUGCAUCUGAAUUUACAACCAUACACAUGCCCGGAGUGCCCCAAUAGACAUUUCCGGCAGCGAGGAAACUGGAGGGCACACAUUCGCCGGAGACACCCACAACUUUUCUUAAAAAUUAAAUAUGAGUGCCUAGUUUGCCAAAAACCGUUCAUCUCACUUGAAGACCUAAAGCGCCAUAAAAAGGAGCAUGUAAAUGUGAAAAAGAAACAAUUCACAUGUGUGUUUUGUGAGAAAGUCUUUAAGGAGAAGUCACUUUUGGCAGACCAUGAGAAACAUCACAUGUCACCAGGGCGAUACAAAUGCUCCAUGUGCUCUAUGAGCUAUGACUCUCGUGUACUCUAUUCUGACCAUUUAAAAACGCAUGCAAAAGUGGAGGAUAAAUUUCAUUAUUCUUGCCAAUAUUGUGGUAAAUCCUAUUUAAGGCCCAGUUCCAUUGCAAGGCAUAUCCGAGUUAGCCAUGGCGGCAUGAGGAUGCAGUGUCCAAUUUGUAAAAAGUUGUUGAAAGGGCAUCUAACUGAGCAUAUGAGAACACAUGAAAAUGAGAGACCGCAUGAAUGUGAUGUGUGCGGGCAGAAAUUCACUCAGUCGACCCAGCUCACGGUUCACAAGCGCUCCCAUACUGGUGCUAGACCAUAUCCCUGCCGAAUCUGUAAGCAACCUUUCUCACACUCUAACGCUCUAAUGCUCCAUAUAAGACGGCAUACUGGAGAAAAGCCAUUCGCAUGUGCUAUGUGCCCGCAAACAUUCUCUCAGCUACCACAUAUGAAGGCCCAUAUGCGCAGCAUACAUAGUAAAUCUGAAUUCUACAAAUGUGCUAAGUGUAGCGCGUUCUUCAAGCUUAAGGCCCUGCUAGAAGCGCAUGCAGAAGAAUGCGGGGCUGUCGAGAGCCUUAAGAAACCUGAAAACAAAGACAGCACGCUGGUGUCAAAAAUGAGGUUCCAUCUCGCGCUACUUUUCACUAUGAUCGCCUCUAAAGAAAAGCUGAAUGACCUAGGUUUCAACAAGCGACUCAUCGACGAUAUCCUCGUGGACUCAAUCGAGGCCAUGGGCUUAGCGCCCUGCAAAGACAAGAGUUUGCCUCCGUAUUCGCGUCUGAAGAUCAACGCGCUUAUGCUGCUGCAAGGUACCGUGCCUAAGCCACAGAUGGCGCUGUUCGUCAAGGAGGAGAAAACUACGGAGGAAAUAUUGGAGUUGCUGACUGAUGUUAUGAAUUAGUAAGGUUACGGUGCUUGUUGACUGUAUUAGCGUAAGGACGCUAAGCAAGAAGAAAUUCGUACAUUGGGCCGCCUGUUCCUAUCUCUAUCGCACGCACAAAAUUAUAUUGCUGUCCCGCCCAUUAUGCCGGCGGUCAAUGCUACUGUGCGAGCGGGACAGCAAUAUAAGUAUGCGAGUGCGAUAGAAAUAGGAACAGCUUAGACGGGUCAAGUCAAUGAACGAAAUUCUUCUUGCUCAGUGUCUUUACUUUAGAAGUUAGUGUCAUUCUCGUACGACAUGACGACGCUUAUCAUGAAUAGUGACACAAAACAAAAUGAAAUGCCAUUCGACUUUAAAUCUUACCAGUAAAAGAUAGAAUAUUAAAUGCAAUAGCAUUUCAUUUUUAGUUGUACCACUGUUCAUGAUAAGCAACUUGACUGAGAAUAUUACAAAUUUGACAAAUUCAAUCAUUAACAAUGCCGCGGUAUGUUUAGGUACCUUAAGAGAGUACUAAAUUUUCAAAACUAACUGUUCUGUUUGCUAGUUAUACUUAAUUUAAUUAUGAGUGUAAAUUAAUUUAAUAAGUGUAAUAAAAUUAACGAAGAGAAUUACGUUGGGUCAAGGCGGCAUUUGAAGUUUACUAAUAAAAUUAACCUCGAUAUAAGAUCCCUGAAUGAUGUAAAAACAGAAUGGCAUUUUGUAGCUUACAUUAUUUGUUUUUUUAUAGCCGAGUACACAAACGAUAAUUAUAAAGUCGUAAAUAAUAGUAGAAUUAAAUGAAAAUCAGAGAUGCGAGCGCAUUGUGCAUCACAUAUAAAUACCUAUUUAAUUUAUAUUAUAAUAAAGAUACAUUUUAAGACUAAUCUUAGCUAGCGACAAGACCAAAGCUUAGUGGAAGAUAUUAGAGAUAUAGAUAUUUUAACUUAUUGAUAUAUAAUUUAUAUAAUAAUAAUUAUUAUGGUUGUAUUGCAUGCUAGAGUAACAUAGCUAAUUAAAUAGUAAGGUAACGGUUUUAUUAAUAUUGUAAACUUUGUUUUUAUCGCACGCGCAUAAUUAUAUUGCUGUCCCACUCACACAGUGUCAUUGACCGUCGGCAUCAUAGGCGGGACAACAAUAUAAUCACGCGCGUGCGAUAGAGAUGAACAGUAAAGUACCAAAUUCUUCGCGCUUAGCGUCCUUACUUUAAAAUGACUGGUCGGUUAUAAUUUGUCCAAUCAAUCUGUCAUUUUAGUAUCUUGGAUAUAAAAAAUAGAGCGUAUUAAAAUAACUUGCCAUGUGACUACAAAUUAAGUGAUUAGUCCAAAGAUGAUCGUCUUGCAUUUUAAUUAUUUAUUGUAGUUUUAAUAUUUUCAUUCCGACGUUUGAAUGAAUGUGCCAUUGUUUGUUAUUGGUAACUAUUUUAAUUAACUAUUACAAUAUUGAUAUUUUGUUUUUAUCUAAUGAAUAAUUUUUUUUUAAUGAUGGUUGAAUUUAAAUUGUGUGAAUUCUAAAUAAUGUUUUUAAUUGUAAUACACGCAAUUAGUAGACGCUGAUGUGAUCUCAAAAAUCAACGCAGUGUCUAUGCUACACUUGGAACCAAAUUAACAAUUUCUUCAUCACACUUGCUAGAAAAAGACCUUAUUUCAUGCAGGUGUACUGGACAAAGGCGUAUAUUGUUCCCGCGGGAGUUAUGGAUUGUGAAAACAAAAAGCUAUAACUCACUAGGAAGUUAUAACAUUUAUUUUAUUAUGUUACUGAUUUAUACGAAUUAAUAGGUAUAAAUGAGAGACCUUUUAAAAUAUUAACGUUUAUAUUUAAGUAUUUUUGAUUAUGUUUUAAAAUAUAUAAUUUGAUGAAUUUAAUAGCCGAGCCAUUUAUAAUAUUUUUACUUACACAAUUUUCAAAUGUGGCUGAAUGGCAGAUAGGUAUAGUUUUUUUUUUAUAUAUCCGAGACAUUGUGCCUUCGAUCACACUUCGAUACCUAACCUGUCAAAAUAUGACAAUAUGGCGGACGAAUCUUUGAAAUGUCACCGUAUUUAAGAAUUAUAUUAUUAGUCUUUUUUCGCAAGUGUGAUUAAAAAGAUUGUGUGUAACUCUGGGGUAAGAAUAUUGCAAACUCGAGUCUUUGAUUCACUCCAGCCUGCGGAUGUCGCGAAUUAAGACCCUCGUUUUCAAUAUUUUACUAAUCCCCGUCGUUGCACAAUGUACUAUAUAUAUUAUAUUUUCUUAAUAUAUUUGAUUAUAUUAAGAAAAUGGCCUAUUAUCGUAUACUUGCUGUACAGUAAUUGUAACUCGAAUAUGUGCACACAAAAUUAAUUGAGCUAGAUAAAAUAGAACCGUAGUUUCAUAUAAAAAGCAAAUGGUGUCUAAAUAUAGGUACCUAACUUAUUUCUAUUGAAUACAUAUGUAGGCGGGCCAUAUUAUUUAAAAUAGUACGAUCUACUUUUAUAACUUGAUAAUUAUGUUUAUGAAUCUCGAGUUCUUUUGAUUCUAAAUAUUCUUAUAGAAGUCUAGUUUUCUGUUUUUCAUUCUGCUACGAUUUUUUACAGACUUUAUAUGAGGAAGACGCAUUGUAUUGCAUUGUAUUGUACCUAUCUCUUGGAACAUUUUGAGACACUUUUAUCCUAUCAAGAUCGAUUUUUUUUAUUCCAUAGACUAAAAUAACAUUUCCUAGUAUGAACGUAAAAUUUCAUUUCAUAGUAUGAAAUGUCAUUUUAGUCUACGGAAUAAAAAAUAGGCUUUAGAUAUCUGUGUACAAAUUUAAAUAAAAUCGCGCAGGUUUCAUUUAGUAAAUUCAAUAUUAAACCUAUUAACUAAGAUUUUUUCGCUAACAAUAGUAAAUCAGCACAAAUAUAUAUAUUAUAAUAAAUAUGUAACCAAAACAAAACAAAAGAUUAGUAAAAACGAACAUUACGGUGUUCAAUAUAAGUGACUACUUAUUGUAUUUGUAUGUGGAUGUUAGAAAAAAAGACAUCAACGUGCAACGACUGCAACUCAGCCUUCAAUGAAUGACCUUGUACUGAAAUUCUUAUUUUACUAGGUUAAAAUUAACAUAAUAAUUUACAGUAGCACGCUUGUCUUGUAUGAUACAGAUCAUCUUGAAAUAUUUAGGUAAGUAGUGUGUUUGUAUUUACUUAAAUACUAUACUAUACUUCUGGAAUUUCUGGAUCCAGCCAAAGGACAAAUGCAAAAUCUACCUAACUAAAUUUAUUUUACUUUAUCAAAUAAAAUAACAUUCACAAAUAAUUCAAAACAGCCAAUAAAAUCCAUAGAUAUUAUGUAAACCUAAAACUAAUACGAUGCAUUAGGUUUAUUGCCAUUGUCUUUUGUCAUGUAAACGACCGACGAUGACUAAAAUAAAUAUUAUAGUUAUGUUAUAGGCACCACGUAUAUAACGCACGCAAGUUAUUUGGGUGAUACACAAUUUUAGUUAACGCAAUGUUCAAAGGUUACACUUAGGGUCAGUGUUUGUUUAUUUACAAAACAAAUAUUUAUUUGUUUAUUUGAGUAACUGACCCGAUGUACCAAAGAGUAUAAAAGAUAAGCUAAAUUAAAUAUGUAUUUCAUUGUG